AUGACACCGCCGACUGGGGCAAAGCAGGCGGGAGGCGCGCCUCUGCCUGACUGCCCCGCUACCCCCCUACUCACCCUAUCACGACGGCUCCUCCUCUCCCCCCGCACUUCCCGUGCAUGCAACUCCCAGGGCAUGACUGGUGUGGUCUGGUGGCGCACUCAGCAGGCGGGAGGCGCGCCUCUGCCUGACUGCCGCGCUCCCCCCCUUCUCUUCCUAUCACCCCAAUCCCGCUUCCCCCCAUCUUCCCCCGCAUGCGCCUCCCAGGUGUGGUCUGGUGGCGCACUCAGCAGGCGGGAGGUGUGCCUCCCCCUGUUUGCGGCGCUCCCCCCCUUCUCUUCCUAUCACCCCAACCCCUGCCUGACUGCCCCGCUAGAUCCCCCUUCUCUUCCUGUCACCCCAACCCCUCUCCCCCCGCCUAUCCCCUACAUGCGGCCCCCAGGUGUGGUCUGGUGGCGCACUCAGCAGGCGGGAGGCGCGCCUUUGCCUGUCUGCCGCACUCCCCCCCUUCUCUUCCUAUCACCCCAAUCCCGCUUCCCCCCAUCUUCCCCCGCAUGCGCCUCUCAGGGCAGGUCUGGUGCCGCACUCAGCAGGUGGGAGGCGCGCCUCUGCCUGACUGCCCCGCUAGAUCCCCCUUCUCAUCCUAUCACCCCAACCCCGCUUCCCCCGCCUAUCCCCCGCAUGCGGCCCCCACGUGUGGUCUGGUGGCGCACUCAGCAGGUGGGAGGUGCGCCUCUGCCUGACUGCCGCGCUCCCCUCCUUCUCUACCUAUCACCCCAAUCCCGCAGGUCCCCCUCCCCGUGCACCCUCCCCCCUCUCUCCCCAGCUCACCCUCCCUUUCGAGGUGGCUCCCAUAUGACGCUCGUGGCACACUCUGCAGACGGGUACGUGGAAUGCCUCUUCUAG